ACUGCAGUCUUCUCUGCCCGCGUCUUUUAGCGACUAACAUAAGAUGAGGAUCCAUCUUCUAAUAUCCCUCACCAGUCCUUCCCCUCCGUCAUUUAGCGAACCGCUCACUGGGCACUGGGACUUUGGGGAGAGUCCCAGGAGGCCCCUCUUCGUCCAGGGGCUAUUUUUUUUCUCUUCCAGCCUCCAUCUCCUAACUCAAGGGGUACAGCUCAGUCAGAUUAUGUUUGGCGCCCCGGGACAGUGACAAACCCAGGGCCCGUGGAUAGAGGAGGCAUCUCACUACGCUGCACGAGGCCACCUCGCAGUAGGCAGCCCAGGCCUGCCCAAAAACCCAGGAGCCUAACCAGGAAGACAGGGGGAGGCCGCGGGCUUCAUCUCCCAGGAGAUGGACUACAUCUCCCAGCAGGCUCUGCGCGCAGGCUGAGGAUCCCUCCGCUCUUUUUUUUGUCCCGCCGGCUCGGCCCCCCGCGACCAGCCAAGGGCUAAGGCCAGGUAUUUCAGAAUCUGAGGUCCGUAUUCUUAUCACAUUUCUGGGGAGGGACGGCUAGGAGCUCCGGAGGAAAAACGGACUUUUUUUUGAGGAGAAAAGCGGAGGCAGACGGUGCAUGACGAAGCACCCCCGCAACUGCAAGUUUUCGCGCGCUUUGGCGCAGGUGGUUGUGGGUAGCGCGCCUGGGAGGGAGAAAGAAGUCGGGGGCCGUGGCGCGCCGCCCGCGGGGCCUGAAGGGAUGUUCGAGGACGAGUCCCACGCUGAGGGGGUGGCGGUGGUCGCCGCAGCCGGGGAGGCGCUACAGGCCCUGUGCCAGGAGCUGAACCUGGACGAGGGGAGCGCGGCCGAAGCCCUGGACGACUUUACUGCCAUCCGAGGCAACUACAGCCUAGAGGGAGAAGUUACACACUGGUUGGCAUGUUCAUUAUACGUUGCAUGCCGCAAAAGCAUUAUUCCCACGGUUGGAAAGGGUAUCAUGGAAGGCAACUGUGUUUCACUUACCAGAAUACUACGUUCAGCUAAAUUAAGUUUAAUACAAUUUUUUAGUAAAAUGAAGAAGUGGAUGGACAUGUCAAAUCUACCACAAGAAUUUCGUGAACGUAUAGAAAGGCUAGAGAGAAAUUUUGAGGUGUCUACUGUAAUAUUCAAAAAAUAUGAGCCAAUUUUUUUAGAUAUAUUUCAAAAUCCAUAUGAAGAACCACCAAAGUUACUGCGAAGCCGGAAGCAGAGGAGGAUUCCUUGCAGUGUUAAGGAUCUGUUUAAUUUCUGUUGGACACUUUUUGUUUAUACUAAGGGUAAUUUUCGGAUGAUUGGGGAUGACUUAGUAAACUCUUAUCAUUUACUUCUAUGCUGCUUGGAUCUGAUUUUUGCCAAUGCGAUUAUGUGCCCAAAUAGACAAGACUUGCUAAAUCCAUCAUUUAAAGGUUUACCGUCUGAUUUUCAUACUGCUGACUUUAGGGCUUCUGAAGAGCCGCCCUGCAUCAUUGCUGUACUGUGUGAACUGCAUGAUGGACUUCUAGUAGAAGCAAAAGGAAUAAAGGAGCACUACUUUAAGCCAUAUAUUUCAAAACUCUUUGACAGGAAGAUAUUAAAAGGAGAAUGCCUCCUGGACCUUUCAAGUUUUACUGAUAAUAGCAAAGCAGUGAAUAAGGAGUACGAAGAGUAUGUUCUAACUGUUGGUGAUUUUGAUGAGAGGAUCUUUUUGGGGGCAGACGCAGAAGAGGAAAUUGGAACACCUCGAAAGUUCACUGGUGACCCAUUAGGGAAACUGACCGCACAGGCUAAUGUGGAGUAUAACCUUCAACAACACUUUGAAAAAAAAAGGUCAUUUGCACCUUCUACCCCUCUGACAGGACGGAGAUAUUUACGAGAAAAAGAAGCAGUCAUUACUCCUGUUGCAUCAGCCACCCAAAGUGUCAGCCGGUUACAGAGUAUUGUGGCUGGUCUGAAAAAUGCACCAAGUGACCAACUUACAAAUAUUUUUGAAUCUUGUGUGCGUAAUCCUAUGGAAAACAUUAUGAAAAUACUAAAAGGAAUGGGAGAGACUUUCUGCCAACACUAUACUCAAUCAACAGAUGAACAGCCAGGAUCUCACAUAGACUUUGCUGUAAACAGACUAAAGCUGGCAGAAAUUUUGUAUUAUAAAAUACUAGAGACCGUAAUGGUUCAGGAAACACGAAGACUUCAUGGAAUGGACAUGUCAGUUCUUUUAGAGCAAGAUAUAUUUCAUCAUUCCUUGAUGGCUUGUUGUUUGGAAAUUGUGCUCUUUGCCUAUAGCUCACCUCGUACUUUUCCUUGGAUUAUUGAAGUUCUCAACUUGCAACCAUUUUACUUCUAUAAGGUUAUUGAGGUGGUGAUCCGCUCAGAAGAGGGGCUCUCGAGGGACAUGGUGAAACACCUGAACAGCAUUGAAGAACAGAUUUUGGAGAGUUUAGCAUGGAGUCAUGAUUCUGCACUAUGGGAGGCUCUCCAGGUUUCUGCAAACAAAGUUCCUACCUGUGAAGAAGUUAUAUUCCCAAAUAACUUUGAAACAGGAAAUGGAGGAAAUGUACAGGGACAUCUUCCCAUGAUGCCAAUGUCUCCUCUAAUGCACCCAAGAGUCAAGGAAGUUCGAACUGACAGUGGGAGUCUUCGAAGAGAUAUGCAACCAUUGUCUCCAAUUUCUGUCCAUGAACGCUACAGUUCUCCUACCGCAGGGAGUGCUAAGAGAAGACUCUUUGGAGAGGACCCACCAAAGGAAAUGCUUAUGGGCAAGAUCAUAACAGAAGGAACAAAAUUGAAAAUCGCUCCUUCUUCAAGCAUUACUGCUGAAAAUGUAUCAAUUUUACCUGGUCAAACUCUUCUAACAAUGGCCACAGCCCCAUUAACAGGAACAACAGGACAUAAAGUUAUAAUUCCAUCACAUGGUGUUGCAAAUGAUGCUGCAGAGAUCACACUACCUAUUUCCAUGAAUACAAAUCAAGAGUCCAAAGUCAAGAGUCCUGUAUCACUUACUGCUCAUUCAUUAAUUGGUGCUUCUCCAAAACAGACCAGUCUGACUAAAGCACAAGAGGUACAUUCAACUGGAAUAAGCAGGCCAAAGAGAACUGGGUCCUUAGCACUCUUUUACAGAAAGGUCUAUCAUAUGGCAAGUGUACGCUUACGUGAUCUAUGUCUAAAACUGGAUGUUUCAAAUGAGUUACGAAGGAAGAUAUGGACGUGUUUUGAAUUCACUUUAGUUCACUGCCCUGAUCUAAUGAAAGACAGGCAUUUGGAUCAGCUCCUCCUUUGUGCCUUUUAUAUCAUGGCAAAGGUAACAAAAGAAGAAAGAACUUUUCAAGAAAUUAUGAAAAGUUACAGGAAUCAGCCCCAAGCUAAUAGUCACGUAUAUAGAAGUGUUCUGCUGAAAAGUAUCAAGAGAAUUUGUGCAUAUAAUAAGAAUAUAAGAGACUUUGAAAUGAUAGAUUGUGACUUGGAAGAUGCUACAAAAACACCUGACUGUUCCAGUGGACCAGUGAAAGAGGAAAGAGGUGAUCUUAUAAAAUUUUACAAUACAAUAUAUGUAGGAAGAGUGAAGUCAUUUGCACUGAAAUACGACUUGUCAAAUCAGGACCAUGUGAUGGAUGCUCCACCACUCUCUCCUUUUCCACAUAUUAAACAACAGCCAGGCUCACCACGCCGCAUUUCCCAACAGCACUCCAUUUAUAUUUCCCCACACAAGAAUGGGUCAGGCCUUACACCAAGAAGCACUCUGCUGUACAAGUUCAAUGGCAGCCCUUCUAAGAGUUUGAAAGAGAUCAACAACAUGAUAAGGCAAGGUGAGCAGAGAACCAAGAAGCGAGUAAUAGCCAUCGAUAGUGAUGCAGAAUCCCCUGCCAAACGCGUCUGUCAAGAAAAUGAUGAUGUUUUACUGAAACGACUACAGGAUGUUGUCAGUGAAAGAGCAAAUCAUUAAUGUUCUUGCUUCUAUGAUAAAAGCACUUUCAGAUUGUUCUGCAGAAAGUUGGAGCUCUGUCCUUCAAACCUUUUAGCCCUAUGGAUGGUAAAUAUUGCUGGAUUAUAAGAAAAAAAUUGCACAAAAAUGUGCUUUUUAAAAUAUUUAUCCAAAAUGUAAUUGACAGAGAUGUAUUUUGAGUUGGACUGGAAAGGAAUAUUUUAAGUGCCUUUUAAAAAUACUAAUAGUCCGGCUAGAUGCAGUGGCUCACGCCUGUAAUCCCAGGACUUUGGGAGGCCAAGGCGGGCAGAUCACCUGAGGUCAGGAGUUUGAGACUAGCCUGACCAACAUGGAGAAACCCCAUCUCUACUAAAAAUACAAAAUUAGCCAGGUGUGGUGGCACAUGCCUGUAAUCCCAGCUACUUGGGAGGCUGAGGCAGAAUUGCUUGAACUCAGGAAGCAGAGGUUGUGGUGAGCCUAGGUUGCGCCUCUGCACUUCAGCCUGGGCAACAAGAGUAAAACUCCAUCUCAAAAAUAUGUAUAUAUUAAUAGGGAUUUUUUUUUUAAAUGUUUGCUCCUUAAGUUAGUUUUCAAGUUGAAAUUAGGAGAAACCCCAUAACUUUUUAGCUCUCUUUUAAAAAUAAAUGUCUCCUCCUCCUGUGUGUUGUAAUAUGAGGAUAAAUAAUCUACUUUUGGUAAGCAUGCUUUGAGAUAUUUGUAUUCUCAAUUUAAUAUUGAAGGAAGGGGUUGGUUCCCAUAGUACCUGGCCAGAGGGUUAUGUACCAGCCUGUCUCUGGCCCACUGUGGUAAUUCCACAUCCAGGUGCUACCACCAUUCAGGGUUGUCUCCUUCUCGUGCCUUUUCUCUCCUUGAGCUUUAUAAACAGAUUUGUACCUGAGCCCCAAUGCUACACUCAUCCUUGCUUUCCAGCCCUAAGCCAUCUCAGCCUGAUGUCACAACCCAAUAAAUGGGCACUUUCUUCUUUUGUAAACUA